AUGGCAGGCGCCACUGUCUUCCGCGCUCAGCUUGUGAUGGAAGACCCAUUAAAUGGAUUGAAGCUUAAGCACUCUAAACGUCAUGGACAAUUGACGCUAGACACGACUACACAAAGUGCACAGCUUGUAUAUCCUCGUGUUGGACGAUUUUUCCAGCGCAGGUUCGAGCAGCCGCUAAAAUGCGUCAUGGGUCGAAAAUUAGUACGCGUGUAUUCUAGCAACGGGAAGAAGCAUUUUACGUGUCGACUACUGUCAGAGCAAGAUGCGGCUAAAUGCUCGGAGACGCUUCGCAGUUUUGGAGUGGAGGUUAUUAUCGUUGGUGAAUUGAUGCUGGAAGCCGAUCAAUGCGGUCAGAACACUCAGGAUGCGGUAAUCGCUGGAGGAAAAGCUGCUUUGUUGGCUCUUCGUGAAGCAUCUCCUAGGUCAAUGCUGACUGAGAUCCGCGAGUACGAAGAAUCGACCCAACUCCGAGAAGACACAGAGAUUAUUAUGCGAUCUCUGUUUGACAUGCACUCAUGA